CUUGUCAAUUAAUUUCCUUUAUUUUUAGUUAAUUAUUUGUUUUUCUUUUAUAGAUGACUCCAUACUUGGCUGUAUUUGUUUUCAGCUGCAUCAUGUACGCAACUGCAUUUCCUGAACCCAGCCCAGUCUACGACCCUAGUAAUCCAGCUAAAAUAAUUCGUCCUAUCUACAGACCCGACAAUCCACCACCAGUCAUUCACCCAACAUACAAUCCAAAAUAUCCACCAAAGUUCAUCAGAGUCAGAAGAUUUACUGACGGUGGCAUCAGAUUUGAGAACCCACAACAACAACAAGCGAAGCCCUCUUGGGAAGUUAAACCUGAUUUGAGCAGAGAUAGACAGGGCAAUACCAAUGCUAAGGUUGACGUUCAAAACCAUGGACAGAAUCAUGAUUUUGGAGCUGGGUAUGAACAAACCAUUAGAGGACCCGGCAAACAUUCUGAAACUUGGCACGUUGGUGGAAGUUAUAAAUGGUAGAUGAAUGCUUCUGUUUGUGAAUAUUUUUAACAAUUAAUAACUUUUAAUAAAUAUAUUUUUUUUCCUAAAAAGGUAAUUAUUUUUCUAAAUUCUUUUGAUUCAGUGCAAAAAUUAGUGUUAAUAGCAGCAGGAGCUGCGCGCACAAUAGGGAGAUUUUGGACCAGUGAAAAUAACAUCAAAAAUUACAGAAAUAUUCGUUAACUUUAAUUACAUU